AUGCACGCGCACGGUCACGGCGGCGCCGUGAUGGCCGCGGCGGGAUCGAUUCCGGCGCUAGCGUCGCGGCGAUGGAGCGCGCCGCGUCGCGUCGUCGGUGGACGCCCGAGAGCGCGCGCGCGAUGCGUCGCGUCGAGCGCGUCGAGCGCGUCGUCGUCGUCGUCGUCGUCGUCGUCGUCGCGGCGGCGGCGCGCCGUCGCCGUUCCCGCGCGCGCCCUCGUCCCCGCCCCGGGGUCGUCGUCGUCGUCGUCGUCGUCGAGGGCGCUCGCGAAUCGCGCGGCGACGCGGCCGCGCGGCCGUCGCGUCGUCUCCGUCCGCGCGACGGACGACGACGACGACGACGCGCGCGAUGACGACCGCGCGACGCGUCGCACCGAAUCCCUAGAACCCUCCGCGACGGAGGAUGGAGAAUUCGUCACCGCGACCGACGCCGCCGCGGUCGAGGAGUGCGAGGACGAGGACGAGGACGAGUACGAAGAGAUCGAGGAGUACGAGGAAGUCGAGGUGGACUACACCCCGCUCGAUCACGCGAAGGACUUCGUCGAGUCCUUGGGGACGUGGGAAGACGUCGCGCGAUGGGGGAAAUCGGCGGAGGACGAUUCGUCGUCGUCGUCGUCGUCCAAAUCCUCGUCCUCUUUCGCGGCGAGCGCGACGAACCACAUCUCGUCCGCGCCCGGGGGCCAGCUCGGCAUGGCCCCCGCCGCCGGGAUGGCCGUGACGAUCGCGUUCGUCGUCGGCGCGCUGUUCGGGAGGAAGGCGUCCGAGCGCCGCGCGGCGGCGGCCGCGGGCGCGCUCGCGGAUCUCGUCGCGCGCGGCGGCGGCGGCGGCGGCGGCGGCGGGUUGAAAGUCUUCACCGAGGAGGACCGCGUCGAGGAUGAGAAGCGCCGCGCAAAGAGCAUCGCGGACGCCAAGGCGGCGGAGGAGGCGCGAAAGAAGAAGCGCGACGAGGACGAGGCGAAGUUUGUCGCGAGCGAGAAGAUCCGCCUGGCGAAGGAGGCUGAGGCUCGCGCCGAGGCGGAGAGAGCGGAGGAGGCGCGGCGCGCGAAAGUGCGCGCGGAGCUCGCGGAGCGCGCGGAGAUCGAGCGCGCGCUUCGAGAGGAGAAGGAGGAGAAGGAGCGCGUCGAGCGCGAGAGGCGAGAGAGGGAGGCGCGCGAGGAGCAGGAGCGGCGGCGGGUCGAGGAGGCGGAGGCUCGAGCCGCGGAGGAGGCUCGCCGCGCCGCGGAGCGCUCGCGGCGCGGCGAGACGAGCAAGUCGUUCGACGUGACCGCGUACGUCGAGCUCAACUUCCGCGCCGCGCGCGGGGACGUCGAGGCGACCGUCCGCGCGCGCGCCGGGGCGUCGUCGCCGGGCGCGGAGACGGCGACGUUUCCGAGCUCGGAGCUCGCGCGUCAGGGCGCGCUUCGCAUGUGUUCCUCCGUCGCGCGCGCCGCGCUGACGAACUACGCCUCGGACGCGCGCGUGAAGCAGAUGCUGGUUGAGCCGUGCGCGAUCGGCGUGGAGAGCGGCGGGUUCGACGAGGUCGAGUUCGAUCACUGGAUGCGCGUCGCGCAGGCGAGGACGGACGCAGAGCUGCGGACGCUGACGAUGCGCGUCGGCGCCGGGUUGGAGCUCGCGCUUCGACAGCCGAACGGGACGAGCUCGAACCGCGCGGAGUCGAGGGAGGAGGAGGUGACGGUCACGCGCGCGGCGUUACCGAUGUCGGAUUUUGAUAACGUGUCGAAUCGUUUGAUCGCCGCCGCGAGCGCGGCGGGGGACAACGCCUUUGCGGUGGCGACGGAGGAUCUGGAGUACGUGUCGCGGUACGAGCUGUCGCAGCUCCACGGGUUGGAAGGCGGGCUCGUGUUUCCGGCGGUGACCGAGAAGGAUAUGGAUCAGAGGCGCGCGAACCCGCUAAAAGGGGUUUUGAUCGCGACGAUUUUGACGCUGUCGCACUGGCUGAGGCGCGCGAGCGUCGCCGCGGACGGCGGCGACGCGUCGCUUCUCGCCAACUGCGAGACGCUCGCGGCGCAAAUUUUAGGCAAAGUCGCCAACGCGGAGGGAUCUUCGUGGAAGGCGAUGUACCUCGACGGCUUCAGCGGGGACACUCUGUCCCAGGCCGCGGCGAUGACGCGCGAGCUCCUCCCCGACGGCGACCCGGUGCGGGCUAUCCUCGACAAGGCGGAGGAGGAGGCGAGGAAGAAGCUCGCGGGCGUGCCGACGACGGACGAGGAAAAUUACCCGGAGCGCGAGGAAUCGCGCAAGGCGCGGUUCCGAGCGGACCAAGAAGCGAUCCCGCUCGCGGAGAAACUGUGGGCGAUGCGCAACAGCGCCGCGCAGCUGUCCCAGUCCGGCGCGCGCGCGCAGGCGAGGACGAUGCUCGAGGAAGCGUACAAGCUGCGCGUGGAGUCGGUUAAAAAAGCGCGAGAGAAGGCGGCUACGGCGAAAGGCUCGCCGCCAAAGCUCACCGAAAAGCUCUCCGAGGUCACGGCCGCGCUCGGCCCGCCGAGCGUCGCGCCUGAGACCCUCCCGGAGCUCCUCGCCCUGGAAGAGUGCUUCGCCGGCGAGGCGUCGUGGAAAGCCGAGCUCUCGGGGGUCAGAGGGCAGGUGUUGAAAGCCGUCCGCAACGCCGCGGAGCAGGCGGGCGCCGCUGGCGAUUGGCUCGACGCCGCGGCGAUUCUCGAGGGCGCCGCGAGGGAGUACGGCGCGAAGCUCAAGCUCGGCCCGGAGAACGCGGCCGUGAUGGCGACGCGAGAGGCUGCGGAGAAGGCGUGGGAGGCGGCGGGCGUGGAGAAGGAGGACGACGACGCGAAGGACGAAGCCCUGACCAAGUGCGCGGGCUCGAACGUCCCGCGCGGCGCCGGCGGUGGGAUCGUCCUGAAGCUGUCCAAGCGGUACCUGAAAGAGUUGGAGGCGCGGAGGAAGUGAUAAAGAGGCGGCGGGAAGCGAUGGGAUGGCGGCGUCGCGGCGUAGACGAGCGGUGCCUUCGUAGUGAAAGCGUCGCUCGAAACUGUGAAACCGAUCUCCUGAAAAGCGU